AUGUCGUUAGAAGAAGUCAGAUGGCGCAAGGAGGAUGACAUAAUGCUUGAGCAAGCAGUAAAUAGGUAUGGCGUGCACAAGUGGGGCGCUAUCUCAAGCCUGCUAGUGGGAAGAAGUCCGCAAGAGUGUAGGGAGCGCUGGGCUCAUGUGCUGCAGUACAAGCGCACCGUAAGCGUAGUCACUGAUAACGAGCUCCUGAGACUCUACCGUCUGUUCGGCGACGCAUGGGAUGUUAUAGGCAAUGCUACCCUCUCGUCUCCCGCAGUCUGCAAGUCGAGAGUGUACUCUCUUCUUGGCUUAGAGUCCUCGUCCGAUGAUUCUUCGACUGUCCCAUCUGCUCAUGUGACAGACUACGCUACAGUGGACGCAGAGAAUGUCCAUGGCUCAAUAGCGAUAAGCUCAAGUGCACUACGUCAAUCAGAUAGAGUGCAGGCCGAGUGCCUAUGUGCUAAGAGCUGUACAGACUUGGCAGCUACCCGUCAAAGGGAAUAUACUGCAUACCUGAAGCACAGACCCAAAAAGCGAACAGCUAAAGAUACUCACUGCUCUCAUUCCAAACGUGCGUCAUCAACAGGGGUAGCAGCAACAGCAAAAGACUAUCGACAAUAUAUCUGUAGCUAUAUACGCCGGAACCGUAUACAACUAGACGUGCCACUACAACCAAAUAGAGGUACAUUAGAUGGGCCUCAAGUGGCUACGAAGUUAGUUAGUAAUUCACAAGAAGCACACUCUCCCCCGUUGUCGUUAUAUCCCAUUUAUGCCAAGAUGAAUAGAACCAAACUGUAUACUGCAAUCUAG